CCCGUUCCCACGCUGGGCGGCCGCCGGCGCCCGCAGACCUUCCGCGGCCCUCCUCGACCCGCCAGGCCCCCGGUUCCCUCCGAUGCCGUCUUAGCGCAUUAAACAUGGAAACUCCAGAAACGCCACCCGUUUCCCUGAAGCGUCGCCUGUCCGCAGAGGAUGCCGGGCUGGCCCAGGGGGAAGAGGCCAAACGGCUCAAGGGCCCGGAGAGCUGCCCUCCAAGAGACGCCGCCCGACCGGAGAAGAUCCCCGAGCAGAAUUCCCCUCCGGGGGCCAAGCAGCCUGCUUCCCUGCCCUGCCGGGACCAGAGAGCCAACUCUGAGGCCCAGAACGAGGAAGACGACGACCGGGAGGAGCAGGAGGAGGAAGAAGAGGACGAUGAUGGCCUGCCAGAGGAGGGUGACGAGGCCGGAGAGGUAGAGAGCUUCGCGGACAUGAUGAAGCAUGGGCUGACGGAGCUGGACGUGGGCAUCACCAAGUUUGUGAGCAAGCACCAGGGCUUCUCGGGAAUCUUAAAAGAAAGAUACUCAGACUUUGUUGUUCAUGAAAUAGGAAAAGACGGGCGUGUGAGCCAUUUGGAUGACUUGUCCGUACCAGUGGAUGAGGAGGAUCCUUCAGAAGAAGUGUUUACAGUUUUGACAGCUGAGGAUAAGCAGCGAUUGGAAGAGCUUCAACUUUUUAAGAAUAAGGAGGCCAGUGUGGCUAUAGAGGUUGUUGAAGACACGAAAGAAAAGAGAACCGUAAUCCACCAAGCUGUGAAGUCCUUGUUUCCAGGAUUGGAGACGAAAACGGAGGAUAAAGAAGGGAAAAAGUACAUCGUGGCUUACCAUGCAGCCGGGCGGAAAGCAUUGGCAAAGGUCAGAACUGCGACAGAUCCAAGAAAACAUUCUUGGCCGAAAUCUAGGGGAAGUUACUGCCAUUUUGUAUUGUACAAGGAAAAUAAGGACACCAUGGAUGCUAUUAAUGUAUUAUCCAAAUUUUUAAGAGUUACGCCCAACAUAUUUUCCUACAUGGGGACCAAAGAUAAAAGGGCUAUUACCGUUCAAGAGAUUGCGGUUCUCAAAAUAACUGCACAAAGGCUUGCCCACUUGAACAAGUGUCUGAUGAACUUCAAGCUUGGAAACUUCAGCUAUCAGAAGAACCCUCUGAAACUGGGCGAACUCCAGGGCAAUCAUUUCACCGUGGUUCUCAGAAACAUCACGGGGACAGACGGGCAAGUCCAGCAAGCGAUGACCUCCCUCCGGGAAAUCGGGUUCAUUAACUACUUCGGGAUGCAGAGAUUUGGAACCACGGCCGUCCCCACGUAUCAGGUUGGCAGAGCCAUCCUUCAAAACUGCUGGACAGAAGUCAUGGACUUAAUAUUGAAACCCCGCCCAGGAGCUGAGAAAGGGUACUUGGUAAAAUGCAGGGAAGAGUGGGCGAAGACGAAAGAUCCCGCCGCCGCCCUCAAGAAGCUGCCCGUCAAAAGGUGUGUGGAAGGGCAGCUGCUGCGUGGACUUUCCAAAUAUGGACUGAAGAAUGUAGUCUCUGCGUUUGGCAUCAUCCCGAGGAACAACCGACUUAUGUACAUCCACAGCUACCAGAGCUACGUCUGGAAUAACAUGGUGAGCCAGAGAAUCGAGGAGUAUGGCCUGCAACCCGUCCCCGGCGAUCUCGUUCUUAAAGGAGCCACAGCCACUCAUAUUGAAGAAGGUGAUGUCAACUCGUACUCCAUCCAUGAUGUGGUGAUGCCGCUGCCUGGGUUUGAUGUCAUCUACCCCAAGCAUAAAAUCAGCGAGGCCUACAAGGAAAUGCUAGCUGCCGACAGUCUUGAUAUUGACAACAUGAGGCACAAAAUCCGAGAUUAUUCCUUGUCAGGGGCCUAUAGGAAGAUCAUUAUUCGUCCUCAGAACGUCAGCUGGGAGGUGAUUGCGUACGAUGAUCCAAGAAUUCCGCUUUUCAACACCGACGUAGACAAUCUAGAGGGAAAACCCCCUCCUGUUUUUGCAACUGAAGGCAAAUACAGGGCCCUGAAGAUGGAGUUCUCCCUCCCGCCCUCCACUUACGCCACAAUGGCCAUCCGAGAAGUGCUCAAAAUGGAUACCAGCAUCAAGAACCAGACCCAGCUGAAUACCGUCUGGCUGCACUGAUCCCCGUUCCCUUGGCUGGGUGCAACUCCCGGGGGACCGGCGAUAUUCGGAGGAAAAGAGGAUUUGUAAUUUUUUUUCUUAAGUUUCGAUGCACCCGAGCCCUCAAUCUGCGGCCGAUAUUUGUAAAAAUGAACGUGUAGGUCCCUGCUCCUGUGUAAAGGUAAGGACAGAGGGCUGGGACGAAUCGGGCCCUUGAGUCAUAGCAGAACGACCUCUCUGUCGGCCAUCGGUGGUGUCCACGGACGGGCAACUGUGAGCCUUAGUAGCCAGCGGAUUCCAGUCCAGCAAGGCGGACGGUAGUAACGGGACUGGGACCAGCGAUGUGCAUUUGUUCGGUGAGCCGCAGACAGCUUGGAGUGGUUAAUGGCCUUUUGCUUUGGUGGGCGAAGGGGGUUGCCACUGUGCUUUUAACCUGAUGUGAACAUGUACAGCUGUUUUAAUUAGUUUAGCCCCGAUUUUUACUCCGA